AUUCCGAAUUUUAUUUCAACAUCAAGCAUAUACAUAGUUUAUGGGAUUUGCGUAAGACGUUUUAAUUGGGUGUUGCAAACGUUUUCACCAAAUGAGAAUAUUCGUAUACCAAGAUGUUUCGUUGGUGGGUGCAAAAAAAUAAAAAUAAAAAAAAAAAAUAAAAUAAAAAAAAAGUAAAUAAACUCUUUAAGAACUCAUAAAAGUACUUUUACCUUUUAGGCAGAGCAGUAGAUAGAAAAGAAAGUCGAAAUAAAAAUCGCAGUAACAACAAGAGCGAGAUAUGCGAGUACAACCUAAGAAACAUGAUAAUAACUAGAACAAUAGCAAUAAGAAAAUGAGUGAUACAGGGCACCCAAUCAACAUGCGCUUACAAGGAUCUACGUGUAAAUGACGUAGGCUUGUUUCUGUCUGCAGUUGUGGAUAUGCAAUUGAACCACAUCAACCUGUUCAUUCGUUUUACAUUUACGUAUGAACAUAUAUAUGUACAAACAUUCUGUCAAUAGUUAAGCUCUCUCUCUCUCUCUCUCUCUCUCUCGCUCUCUGACUUUAAUUUAUAAUGAAUUGCAGCAAGGACAUGCAUGCUACCUCAUCAAUAAUAAUAAUAAUAUCAUGUAAGUGAUAAUAAAACUAACUUUCAGCAGUAGCAGCAGCAGCAGCCAUAGCAGGACUUUUAAUGUAUUUUCUUUGUUAUUAGUGCUAAGCUAAGUAAACCGCUAUGAAAUAAUAUUGCGUGCGUGUUGCAUUGUAGCCGUUGUUUUUUCAAUUUUUGUUAUGAUUUUGUGCAUUUAGUUAAAUUGCCUUUGCCGUUGCCGUUGCUGUUGCCGUCUUUACAUAUAUAUAUAUAUAUAUAUAUAGAUAGAUACUACGUAACUAACUACUGUGCUAUUAAAUCGAUAUUGCUUUCGAAUCAAAAUCUUGUAUUGUUUGCUUUUCAAGUCAUUGCCACAAAUUUUUUUGAAAAGUUUUAUGAAUUUUUUUUGGAGAAAAAAUUGAAAAAUUUUUUAGUUGUUUUUUUUCCGUUUGCAAACAGAUAUAAAAAGAAAAGAAAUAAAAGAUAGUUAUUUUGCGAAUGUUCUGCGAAAAUGUCGUCGGUAAGCUUAAGAGUAAAUGAAUCAUGUUUUAUCGAUUGCCUUAUUAUUCUUAUAAAUUGCAGAUUGAAUCGAAACGUGUACAAUAUCGUAAGUACUUGGAGAGAGCUGGCGUUAUCGAUGCUCUAAGUAAAGCUUUAAUUAAGCUUUAUGAGGAGCAAAAUAAACCGGAUGAUGCAAUACGCUUUGUGCGCAAGUUCAUGUGCGAAUCAUGUCCCGACGAUACCCAAUUUGACGCUAUGAAGGCUGAUUUAGAAGAGGCUAAUAAAACGAUUAGCAAGUUGGAACAAGACCUCGAGCGUUUGAAGGAUCAAAUCAAAAAAUCGCCUGAAGAAAUUGCCGAACUGCUUGAAGAAGGUUUCAAAAAACUCGUUGAAGAUGAAGAGCAUACCGGUUCGUUGUUACGCAAAUAUCUUACGCGGGAAAUUUUGGACGAAUAUCUGAAAUUGACAACUCCUCCGCCGGUAGAAGCGUCUCUUUUAGAUUGCAUACAAUCCGGUUUGACCUUCCAUAAUUCAUCAUGCGGAGUAUAUGCCGCUGAUGUAGAAUCGUAUGAAAUGUUCAAUAAACUUUUCGAUCCCGUCAUACGUGACUAUCACGGCCAAUUGGAAACUGAUAAAGAGCAAUUACAGCCCGAGGCAGAAUUUGGCAAUCCGGACGAAAUUGAAAAUAUGGAUCCCGAGAAGAAAUAUAUACUUUCGACCCGUAUUCGCGUAGCUCGCAACAUUGAGGGCUUUCCGUUUUUUAUGAAGUUACGUGAAAAGCAAUUCCUUGAGAUUGAGGAAAAAGUAAAGGCCUCGACUGAUUCGUUCGAUGGUGAAUUAGCCGGUGCCUAUCAUUCGUUGAAGGACAUCUCACCCGAAACUCAAGAAGAAAUGGUUAAACGUCAUAUCUUAUUUCGCAGAGGCGAUGAAUAUUUACAAGCGGCUGGAUGCUAUAGAUUUUGGCCGGUAGGUCGUGGCAUUUUUUAUAAUCCGGCCGAAACUUUUCUCAUAUGGGUAAAUGAGGAAGAUCAUUUGCGUAUAAUAUCGAUGGCUAAAUGUGGAGAUUUAGGUGACGUUUAUAAUCGCUUAAUAAAAGGUCUAACGGAAUUGGAAAAAACUAUCACUUUCAUGCGUCAUCCUUUAUACGGUAAUGUAACUGUUUGUCCCACAAAUCUAGGCACGACAAUGCGCGUUUCGGUGCAUAUACGUUUGCCUCUCUUAUCCCGUGACCAAGAUCGUUUGAAUGGCAUGGCAGCAGAAUUAAAUCUACAGAUACGUGGUACUGGCGGCGAGCAUACAGCCAUUGAAGAUGGGAUCAUGGAUGUGUCUAAUAGGAAGCGUUUGGGUGUAACUGAGUUCGAGUUAAUCAAGACUUUGCAGGAGGGCAUUCUGACUUUGAUCAAAGCCGAGCAGGAACUUGAAGCUAAAGAAUAAUUUCUAAAUAUCGGCAUCAUUUUUUUUUUUUUUUGCUUCUAAUUUA